UUGAGAUUCAAUUGCUCCGGUUUAGGAAGAAAGAGAUUCAUGGAUCCCUCCCAUUUAGGAGUUCGCCUCCCUCCCUAUUAAGGUUCAAACUUCAAACCCAAUUUAUCUAUCCUUAAGUCAAUUCGGAGCCCUAUUUGUUGUCCUGAUGCUAGAACUCAACUGAUCUUCAGUUUAUUUUGUUUCAUUCUUAAUGAGUUGUCUUUCUUGAAGGAUCGGAUCGGUGUUGAAUCCUCUUGAAAAUUCCACGGGAAUCUGCAAUCUUGUGAAUCAUGAAGUCGAGGAGGGACUAUCGCAAUGGUAAAACCACUCUUCUUGAUGAGAUUGAAGAAGGUGGUAUUAGAGCCUCAUCAUCUUACUCACACGAAAUUGAUGAACAUGAUAAUGAUAGAGCACUUGAUGGGUUGCAAGGCAGAGUGAACAUGCUGAAAAGGCUGUCUGGCGACAUACAUGAGGAAGUAGAAAGCCACAAUAGAAUGCUGGACCAUAUGGGAAAUUACAUGGAUUCAUCAAGAGGUAUCCUGUCAGGAACUAUGGAUAAAUUCAAGAUGGUGAUUGAGAACAAAUCUAGUCGAAAAAUGUGUACACUUGUAGCUUUAUUUGUCGGCUUAUUUCUGGUUCUUUACUAUCUAGCUAGAUCUUUAGCAUUAUGAACCUGAACAUCCCAAUUGGAGGUUUUACCGAGGAAAAAAGUUGAGUGUCUGCUCAAAUGGAGAUUAUGUAAUCUCAUUAUUGCUAUUUUUAGUUACCCUUCUAUCUUCCUCAAUAUUUUCUAC